AAACUAGUGACUCAGAAUUGGUUGUGUGUUAUUUUUCUUAUUUCCAACAGCACCGACUACAGAAACUUCCGAAAAUGAAGUAUGUAGGUGGUAGGUGGUUGACAAUUUGUGAGAACUCAAGGGGAAAUGGCUUGUCUGCUGAGUUCUGUCUGCCUCCUGCUUCCGUCUUCUCACAACUCACUUGAUUUUUUCUAUCCAGGAGAAGUCCCUAAUCCUCUCUGUCUGUCUAUUUCUCAUUCCAUCGCUAUCCUCAGGCAAUGGUUGGCUUCUUUUUAUUAGGAACCUUUAUUUUGUACUGUGUGGGACAGAUCCAAAUUCAAGGGAUCCCCCAAAUAUGUGUGUCCCAGCCCUCAUGUUCAGCCUGCCUGAGGAGCCCUGGAUGUGCUUGGUGCAAACACAAGGACUUCCUGAAGUCUGGGGAGUCCACUGAGCGGAGGUGUGACACUGCUGAGUCUCUGAGGACCAGAGGCUGUGAGCAGACAGACAUCAUCAACCCCCAAUCAGAACUGGUCUUCCUAAAGAACAAUGAGCUCAGCAGCGACCCAGACAAUGUGGUCCAGCUUAAGCCACAAAACCUCCUCUUCAAACUCAGAGUCGGAGUCCCUCAGACCUUCAGUGUGUCAUUCAAGAGAGCCGAGGGCUACCCCAUAGACCUGUACUACCUAAUGGACCUGUCCUUCUCCAUGAGGGACGACCUGGACACCAUCAAGAAUCUGGGCCAGGAAAUCCUCUCUACGCUAAAAAACGUCACCAAUAAGGUCCGCAUAGGCUUUGGCUCGUUUGUGGACAAGGUGGCUCUGCCGUAUGUCAGCCAGGUUAAGGACAAGAAGAACAACCCCUGUCCCAGCCGCCUGUACACCUGUCAACCUGCCUUCAGCUUCCAGAACAUUCUGGGACUAACCCAAGACGUGGCCGAGUUCAAGACCAGGGUCAGCAACCAGAUCAUCUCUGGAAACCUGGACUCCCCCGAGUCUGGCUUUGACGCCAUCAUGCAGGCAGCUGUCUGCCAGGGUGUGAUUGGUUGGAACAAUGUCACCCGGAUCCUGGUUUACACGUCAGAUGACACCUUCCACAUUGCCGGGGACGGCAGGCUGGCUGGGAUAUUCGAACCUAAUGAUGGGAAGUGUCAUCUCAAUGGCAGCGGCUUCUACGAUGGCACUAAAUAUGACUACCCAUCGGUUGGCCAGCUCGCCAGGGUCCUGGCAGCCAAUAACAUCCAGCUCAUCUUUGCUGUCACCGAGGACAGUGUUGCUGCCUACAAGGCAUUGAGUAAACUAAUCCCUCAGUCAGUGCUGGGAGUCCUGAAGAACGACUCCAGCAACGUGGUCCAGCUCAUCCUAGAGGCCUACAGUAACCUGUCCUCCACUAUCUUAUUGGAGCACCAUGGAGCCCCCUCAGGUCUGGACGUGACCUACAGAUCCCACUGCACCCCUGCAGAAGGGGACAACACCCCGUGGCAGAGGAGGGGCGAGUGCAUGAACGUCAAGCUCAACCAGCAGGUUGACUUCACAGUGAGUCUGAAUAUUUCAAUGUCUGAAGGAGAAUGUCUGAAAGAGAAGAAGCAGUUUUUCCUCAAACUGCAGGGCAUCAGCGAGACCCUGAAGGUCUCCGUGGAAACCCUGUGUGACUGUGACUGCCAUGACAGAGAACAGCAGUCCACACACUGCAAUGAAAAGGGAACGCUCAACUGCGGAAUCUGCAGCUGUGACGAGGAUCACCUGGGUCAAAUGUGUGAGUGUGAGCAGCCUAAGGACAUGAUCUCUGCCGACUCUAUGGACACAACAUGUCGCCAAGACAGCUCCCCGCUGCUAUGUAGCGGGCACGGGGGCUGUGAGUGUGGCAUAUGUGUGUGCCAGGGCACCCACCGUGGUGAUUUCUGCCAAUGUGAUGACAACAGCUGUGACCGCCACAACAACAUGCUCUGCAGUGGUAAUGGGCAGUGUGACUGUGGAACAUGUAAGUGUCAUGCCAACUACACAGGCUCUGCGUGUGACUGUUCCACCCUCACCGACCAGUGCAGGACUGCUGGGAAGCUGUGCAAUGGCCAGGGAACAUGUCAGUGUAACCAGUGCCAGUGCAACAAUGACUUCUUUGGCAUGAGCUGCUCAAAGAUUGCUAAUGCAUGCGCAAAAUUCCUGGCCUGUGUGAUGUGUGAAUUGGCCAAUAAGGAAAGUGACGGACUAAAGAGUAACUGUAGCCGACCAUGUGGCUCAGUCAAGCCCACUUGGGUUGAGGGACCCCAGGAGUUCCCCUGCAGAGAAGACACCAUCUCCUACAAAGUGGAGCUGUUCCCUGACGGCAACAUCCUGGUCCUCUACGCAGAUCUGCCCCGCUCUGUUGACAAGACUUAUGUGAUCAUUGGCAGCUCGGUGUCCAGCAUCAUCUUCAUUGGGAUCGCAGUGAUCCUCAUCAGCUGGCUGAUGCUGGAGUUCCACUACCGGAGAGAGUACGCCAGCUUCCUCAAAGCAACGGAGACUGUAGUCUGGAAAAAUAUCGAAAAUCCUUUGUUCCAGGAUGCCACAACCAUAGUUAUGAACCCCAUACACAUUCAAGAGGACUGAUCCAAACUCAUUCAACUCUGAAGCCAACCAACACUUUACUUCAGGAAAAUCUGUUACAUACAGUAAUAAGCGAAAGCGUGACCAUAUACUGAUCCUAACUUCUAGAAGAGGAACCGCUUGUUCCUUUAUCCACUUUAAUUGGAAAAAUUCAAUGAGCCGAUUUGUAUAAUAAAUAUACAUUUGAAGGGCUAAAAUUAUAAAAUAUUAGAAUAUUGAAUCUCCCUAAAGGCUUAAGUCAUAUAAAAGUUAUACUUAAAUUGGAACUGGUUCUCUAGCAGAUUAGUAAGAAUGGCUCACCCCUUGUUCAAAAAUGGCCUUUUUCCCUUUGUCCAGAUUAUAACCUCUCACUUUCGGUUAUUUUAAAAUGAAAACCUCUCCAAAAUAUCCCUAUUUUUGAAACAAGCAAUAGAAAGAUGGUUACAAUUUAAGUUACAUUUUUCAUACCGAACCACAUGACCUUUGGAGGUGUUCAGAACCAGGUUAAGGGCAGAGAAAGCUUGUUGGACACUAAGAAAGCUUUGUUGUAGAGCUUUUAACACAUAAUCCAAGGAGGGGCCAGUUUAGAAUAAAACUGAUUCCUACUGCUUGACCUAUGUUGUUGAUGUAAAUUGUAUAUGGGGAAUACAACCAUCCCAGCUCUACAGAUUUUGCUGCGAAGAGACAGAAUCAUUAGAUAAAUUGUUUUGGUACUGCUCAUAUUUAUGUAGCUUGUUUUUGAUUACAAGUUCAGGAAUGGCUGAAAAAUCACACCAUUUACCUAGAACUUACUCUGCAAAUAGCACUGCUGGCUGACUUGAAAAGCCAUAGUCAAUCAAUCAAUAAUAUAAUACAAAUUUUAAUCUUUAAUUUACCAUCUGUAGAAACCAAUGGCGGUCGGUGCCGUUUAAGAUUAGGGAGGACAAUAUUUUUUUAUGAGCAUGGUCUUAUUUCUAUUUAAGCAAUAAGGAAUGGGGGGGUGUGGUAUAUGCCUUGCAAGUGUUAAUCACUCCUUGAGGUUUUGGUUAAAUUUGUAAUUUAAAUGGAUUUUUAUUUUUAUUUAAUGUAAUGGACAUACACAAAAUUGUCCAAAUUUGUUGAAGUGAAAUGAAAAAAAUUACUUGUUUCAAAAAACUUUAAACUGAAAAGUGUUGCGUGCAAAAGCAUUCACCCCCUUUACUAUGAAGCCCCUACAUAAGAUCUGCUGCAACCGAUUACCUUCAGAAUUCACAUAAUUUGUUAAAUAGUGUCCAUCUGUGUGCAAUCUAAGUGUCACAUGAUCUGUCACAUGAUCUCAGUGUAUAUAUAUAUAUACACCUGUUCUGAAAGGCCCCUUAGUCUGCAACACCACUGCGCAAGGGGCACCACCAAGCAAGCGGCACCAUGAAGACCAAGGAGCUCUCCAAACAGGUCAGGGACAAAGUUGUGGAGAAGUACAGAUCAGGGUUGGGUUAUAAAAUAAUAUACGUAACUUUGAACAUCCUAUGGAGCACCAUUAAAUCCAUUAGUAAAAAAUGGAAAGAAUAUGGCAUCACAACAAACCUGCCAAGAAAGGUCCGCCCACCAAAAUUCACGGCCCAGGCAAGGAGGGGAUUAAUCAGAGAAGCAACAAAGAGACCAAAGAUAACCCUGAAGGAGCUGCAAAGCUCCACAGCGGACAUUGGAGUAUCUGUCCACAGGACCACUUUAAGCCGUACACUCCACAGAGCUGGGCUUUACGGAAGAGUGGCCAGAAAAAAAACAUUGCUUAAAGAAAGAAAUGAGCAAAGAUGUUUGGUGUUCGCUAAAAGGCGUGUGGGUGACUCCCCAAACAUAUGGAAGAAGGUACCCUGGUCAGAUGAGACUAAAAUGUAGCUUUUUGGUCAACAAGAAAAACGCUAUGUCUGGUGCAAACCUAACAUCUCUCAUCACCCCGAGAACAACAUCCCCACAGGGAAGCAUGGUGGUGGCAGCAUCAUGCUGUGGGGAUGUUUUUCAUCUGCAGGGACUGGGAAACUGGUCAGAAUUGGAGGAAUGAUGGAUGACGCUAAAUACAGGGAAAUUCUUGAGGGAAACCUGUUUGUCUUCCAAAGAUUUGAGACUGGGACAGAGGUUCACCUUCCAGCAGGAAAGGGACUCUAAGCAUACUGCUAAAGCAACACUCGAGUGGUUUAAGGGGAAACAUUUAAAUGUCUUGGAAUGGCCUUGUCAAAGCCGUACACUCCACAGAGCUGGGCAAUUAAGAAUCUGUGGUAUGACUUAAAUAUUGCUGUACACCAGCAGAACCCAUCCAACUUGAAGGAGCUGGAGCAGUUUUGCCUUGAAGAAUGGGCAAAAGUCCCAGUGGCUAGAUGUGCCAAGCUUAUAGAGACAUACCCCAAGAGACUUGCAGCUGUAAUUGCUGCAAAAGGUGGCUCUACAAAGUAUUGAAUUUGGGGGGUGAAUAGUUAAGCAUACUCAAGUUUUCUGUUUUGUUGUCUUUCUUCUAUACAAAGUGGUAAGCAUGUUGUGUAAAUCAAAUGAUACAAACCCCCCAAAAAUCUAUUUUAAUUCCAGGUUGUAAGGCAAUAAAAUAGGAAAAAUGCCAAGGGGGGGUGAAUACUUACGCAAAUCACUGUACCAUGCCAAAGGCUGUUAUUUCGUACGACGCAACUAGGAGUGCCUGGAUACAGCCCUUAGCCAUGGUAUAUUGGCCAUAUACCACAUCCCCCCGAGGUGCCGUGCUUCUACACCUGCAUUGCUUGCUGUUUGGGGUUUUAGGCUGGGUUUCUGUACAGCACUUUGAGAUGUCAGCUGAUGUACGAAGGGCUAUAUAAAUAAAUUUGAUUUGAUUUGAUGAUUUGAUUAUAAACUGGUUACCAACGUAUUUAGAGCAGUAAAAAUAAAUGUUUCAACAUACCCCUGGUAUACUGUCUGAUAUACCACGGCUUUCAGCCAAUCAGCAUUCAGGGCUCGAACCACCCAGUUUAUAAUACAUCUUAUACCGUGGCAUUGUUGCAUAGUCGUUUCUGAUUGGCUUGAAGGGCAUUCUAGAGCGUGCAUUAUUUCCCUGUAACUCGCACGGUAUAUCUGCAUUGUUUAAUUCGAUUUUCAGAAUAGCAAACUAGGACUGAUGGUUUGUUUAGCUAACUAGCAAGUAUGUGUGUUUGGUUACCAAGGCAACUACUGUAGUUAUCUAAUAAACUUGCUAGCUACUUCAGUGGAUGUUGACCAGAUUUCUAGCGGCAAAUGUUUUAAGUUAUAGCCAUGGUAUAAAAUGGAUAAACAACUUGUGGCUCAAUGCGUUCUCUGGAAAAUAUGUAGCUCUGUGGAAAGUAAGUUCCACUCCGUGCUACACCUUCCACAUGUUCAUUAUUUCCCAUGCAUAGCCCCUCGUUGAUUAUACCUUGCAUAUUGAUGACUGUCAUUCAUAUUACAUUCACCCAGCUCAAUGUAACAUCAAUAAGUUUAGGCUACUACGUGAUCCUCGAAUUGUCCCUAUACCUAUCAUGGCAUUGCUACAACCUAGCCUACGAAUGAAAGUUUACAACAGGUCAAGAGAAAAAUGUGAGUAAUCAAGGUGACAGACAGUGACAUAAUCAAUACCGCCUUGCACACUCUUGCCUGCCUCAGUGUAAUUAUUAGUCCAAAAAGUUGCAAACAAAAAUUUCUAUUGGACAAAUCCAAGUAUGUUUAUCCCCAGGUGAAAAAAACCUUUCCAAGCCAAACCUUCAUAUCAUAACUGCUAACCGCUACACACAUCCUACACCAUAUUAGCUAAUGUCAUAGUCAACAUGGCUACUAGAACUAAUGAUUUAGUAAACACGCUACAAUCAUGCAGUGCAGUGUACAGCAAGCAGUUUAGUAGUUACACUGGGGGGGGCCCAGUGGCAAUAAAUUCAUAAAACCGAAAACGUACCUUGCGUUGGAAGAGUUCCCGUGUUGGAUAUCCUGAACCAGCUAGCUAACAUAGCAUCCGUCUCUGUUUGAGCCAGGUGUUUGAAUAGGCUAAAUUAGCUAGCUGCCUUAGCUAACUAAGUAUGUGAAAGUGAAUAAAAUACAACUAAAUAUAAUUAUCUCUCUCUCUCUCUCUCUUGCUUCUCCUUCAUUUUUUGAGAACUGAAUUUGUUCAAAACUGUUCAGGCUUUGUAUUGAAUUCAAUGUACCCAGAGGAGGACGGACACUAGCUAUAAAAUGUACCAUGUCCGUAAAAUGUUUAUAGUAUGUUUAAGCUGGAAGUAGAAGUCUAAGUAUUGUUAUCCAUUAGUUUAUUCCAAUUAGGGGUGUGGUGGUAGGGUUAGGGGAGAAUAAUACAUAAGGGAUUUUUAUUUAUUUAUUAUUAUGCAGCAAACAUCAGAUACAGCUCUUUGCAUUCCGGCAGAAGUAAUUCAUUGUCAAUGGAGCAGUCCGCAACGCUAUGUUGGGGGUGCUGCACUAAGCUGCGGUGAGUUCGGUGUACCGUAUGCUUUCAGUAUUUUAAACUCGUGCAUUGCUUUACUGUAUGGUGAUAUAAACAGAAGUAGGUCUAAACACACAGACUCCAACUAGCAAGCUUUUAGCUAGUUGAAAAGCGAAUCACUUGGGUCAAGUACGGAAAAACAAAACGAAUAUGCCUCUGGUGGACAUCAGGCUUAGAGGAACAAAUGACAUUGUCAUGAGACUAUUACAAAAUGCUUAGAUAGAUAAAAUGUUCUGAAGCUUGGUAUGAAAUCUUGUGAAGUGUCAUUCCUUUCCAGUUUGUGCACAUGGUAUUGCAUUUCAUUCAGUUUUUUCUUAAUGAAUUAUUUUUGUGUUUUGGUCUGAAUUAAGAAAUAUAGCUGUGAUGUAGGAUAAUGUUCUUGUAAGUAUGUUUCUCAAUAUUAUUACAUAAAGUAUUCUCUGUACAGUGUAUUCAUUAUAUAGGCCUAUGUGACCAUUGUCUGUGUCAUUGAAAUCAUAUAGUACCGUUUUUAAUAAUAAAUGCCUGGAUUGUA